AUGGAACAUGUCGAGAAGGCCGACUCUACAGAUGGAAGGGUUUUUCCCAAUUUGGUUGUGGGUGUAGCAACAAGACAAUCUGAAGAACUUCAAGUACUCUGUGAAAUACGAGUUGAUUUCCAGAAUUUGGCAGAAAAUGGAUUAGAUCUUCUCCCCGCUGUGAAAGCUCAAGGCUGUGAAAGGUAUUUCAACAGGCUCUCUGCACCCAUUUAUGACAAGCUUGUGAAGGAGUUUUCGAAACAUGCAGACUGUGAUGAUUAUCAAGUUGUUUCACAUGUGCUGGGCAAGAAAAUCAUCAUCUCUAAAAGAUCUAUUGCUUUACUUCUGGGCGGUGAAACUAUCAAAGGCUCUAGAUUUCAGACUAAUGACUCCAAGUCAAAGAAAUUCAAGGAAAACUUAAACUCAGUGUUGUAUGUCAGCUGGAGAUCUACGAAAUCUGAUUACAAGAAAAAAGAUCUUCAUCCUGACUUAAGAAUCUUACACAAGAUCAUGCUCAAUUGCCUCAAUACCAGACCCUCUGGAAGCUCUCCUGAUUACAUCAACUUUACUACAAAAGUGAUGAUGUUCUUCAUCAAGACAAAGCAGAAGAUUUGCCUCCCUUACUUCCUAUUUACUUAUCUGAAAGAUUGCAUAAAGAAGUCAAGGACAACUGCUUCUGAAAGCAAGAGCACAAUCAAGUACAUUCCUUUUGGCAGGCUUCUGUCUGAUAUCUUCGUUGAGAGCAACUUGGUCAAGGAUUUAAUCAAAGCAGGGUGCACUGAAGAUUUAACUACUCUCACUGGAGAUGCUUUGACUUCUAAGACUCUGAAAAGGAUGGGACUCAUAGACAAUAAGGUUGCAGCUGCCUUUGUCUCUAAACCGGCAGAAAUUGUGAAAAGAAGAAUUCGCAUUGAUGAUUUCCCUCUCUGGUCCAAGGCUGAUGAUCCAGAGGCAAUCUUGCAUUACAUCAAUCAUCUAAAGAGUCAUGGUCUGGAUAUUGAUGUUGAUGAAUUCUUCAGGAAUCUCCCAAAUGCUCCUGAUUAUGAUGCUCCCAAGAGGAUGGCAAAGAGAAAGAAUGAGGAUGCUACGGAUGCCAAGGAUGACUCUGAGGAUGGUAACGAUGAUGAGCCACCACCUCAGAAGAAGAAAAGAAGAAGGUUAGAAUCGCAACCAAGGUUAUCCAGCAGGAAACCCAACAAGCAUCGAGGCCUACCAGAGUUACAAGGUCCUCUGUCAAGAACUCAAGUAAGUUUGUAG